AGUCGGUAGCUCGCAGUGGAGGGAGGAGGAGCUCCAACUGUGCUCUUUGAUGGUAGUUUUUGCACCUUUGGGUGCUUGUCGUGUUCGUUUAUUUUUCAAAGAAGACAGCAGGUCCCUGACCUCAUAGACCAGCUAGUUUGGGAGGUGGCGGCAGAAUAAGGGCUGAGGCCCCAGAUCUGCCUGGGGUCAGGCUGCUUCUAAAAGUGCAGGGCCACCCUCAGUAGUGUGGCUGCUAGGGCAGCACAGUUACAAUUUCGCUGAAGGCUGAGGCAGGUGUGGAGAGGCACGGAGAGGCCCCAUGGGGAAUAUACUGACCUGUUGUAUCAACUCCAACUGUGGCUGGCCCAGGGGGAAGGAGGCACCCUGUUAUGAAUCUGAUACUGAUAUUUAUGAGGCUGUGGCUGCUGCAACAUCAGAAUCCACUACUGUACAGCCUGGCAAGCUGGAUGUGGGAGCCACGGAGGGCCAAGACCUGCAGCACAUCAGCAACCAAAAGAUGCCCACAGGUCCCCCUGAGGACCGCCUGAGUUUAAAAUUUCUGCCACCAAGUGAGGAAGACGAUGAUGCCAAGAUUUUACCAUCACCUGUCCAGGGUUCUUCUGAGGACAAGCUGAGUUUAGUAUGCCUACCACGAAGUGAAGAUGAUGACUGUGAUGAUGAUGAUGAUGAUGUCCAGAUUUUACCGUCACGUGUCCAGGGUGGCUGUUACCAGUUUGAUAGCAGUUCUUGUUCUUCUGAGGACAACCUGAGUUUAGUAUGCCUACCACGAAGUGAAGAUGAUGACUGUGAUGAUGAUGAUGAUGAUGUCCAGAUUUUACCAUCACCUGUCCAGGCUUGUUCUGAAGGUAGCCUGUUUUUAAGAUGCUCACUGAGACGCAAAGAUGAAGAAGAAGAAGAAGAAGAAGAAGAAGAUGAUGACAUCCACAUAACAGCUCGGAUAGAAAGUGACUUGACGCUGGAGAGUCUAAGUGAUGAGGAGAUUCAUCCAGCAUCUCACAACCAUGGCUGGCAGAUGCCAAGGGGAUGUGUGAGAUGGCCCAGCUCCAGGAUGAAACUCAACUUGAGGGAAGCUGGGGAGAGCCUCACAGCGCUGGACAAGCCAUCAGAUGGCACUGCCCCCAGGGACACACCCGGGGGCGUGGACAGGGAUAUGCAGGACCUAAGGCAAAGGGUGGCUUCAAACGUGACAGCAGAUCAGCCGCUGGGAAAAUACCAGAGGGGAUUUGACAGCUGGGCCAGGUGUUCCAGGACAGCACUUUGCAAAAGAUUUUCCAUCCAAACUUCCAGCAAGAAGUAGAUCUUCCAUCGUUAUCCAGAGCAUAUCUACGCAUUCAGAUGAAGAAAACAACGCUGACAUGCAUUAUCUCCCAACACCAACCUCAACCCAGCCCUGGAAAGUGAACAGAGCCAGCAGCAUUUCCAGCCCCGCCUCUGGAGGAAGGAGAGGAACCUGAGACUCUUGGGUGACCUGAGGCGUCUCUGGCAGCACCAGCAAAAGAGCCUGGCCCUGGCCGCCCAGCACAGGUGCUCAGUCCCUCCUGACUGCCACUGCUCCCUCAACACCAAAGCACAGGGUCGCGAGAUGUUGGGAGAGGGUCGGGGAUGCUGGGCUGGGAGAGGACCUGGGGGCCUGUCAGAAGCCAUGACAUGAUGCGCUCACCGCUCAGGAGGAAGCUACUGGCCUUUGAGUGAAAUCUAUAAGAAUGAACUCUGGAGAUGUAUCGUACAACAUGGAGUCUACAGUUAAAAAAUGUAUUGUAUACUGGAAAAUUGCUAAGAUUAGAUCUUCCAUGUUCUCACUACAAAAGCAUAAGUAUGUGAGGUGACAGACGUGUGUGUCAGCUUGAUUUAAUCAUUUUGCAGUGUGGCAAAGCAUCGCAUUGUAGGUGGUAAAUAUAUAUACAGUUUUGUCAAUUAUACCUUCAGGAAGCUGGGGUGGUUGGUGUGUGUGUGUGUCUGUGUGAUGUGAGGUCAGUGAGGUGCUGAACAUGGUGCAUUAAACAGCAUUUUCAUUCUUA